AUGGCUGAUUUAAACGAUGAAAGCUAUAUUCAAAUCGCUGAUGAGAUCGUUUUAUUGACGGAUGAGCCGAGGGAGAAAAUUUUGAAGAAUAUCGCUCAUAUCUGUGAUCAAGAUCAGAACGAAGGCCCGAUCAUGCUACUUGAUCUGAACGUUCUCAUCGAAAAGUACGAUUUGUGGAAGCAAGAACUACCAAAUGUUGAGAUCUUCUACGCUGUCAAAUGCAACUCAGACCUUGUAUUUCUUUCGGCGAUGAAAGCUCUUGGUGGUGCUUUUGAUGUGGCAAGUAAAUGGGAAAUGGAUACGGUGAUUUCACUUGAUGUUUCUCAACAUCAUAUCUUGUAUGCGAAUCCGAGCAAAUCAAAGUCGGCUCUGAAACAUGCAGAGAAACUAAAAAUCGACUUCACCACGUUUGAUUCGAUUGAGGAAUUGGUGAAGAUCAAGAAAUAUCAUUCACAUACAAAACAAUUGCUUCGAAUCCAUGCAUGUGAUCCGACAGCCAGGAUACCGUUGGGAAGAAAAUAUGGAGUUGAUGAGAAAGGCGCCAUCGUUUUACUAAAACACGCAAAAGAGCACCAUUUGAGAGUGGACGGGAUUUGUUUCCAUGUUGGUUCUGGUUGUCGGGAUUUCACCACAUUCGAUAAAGCGAUUGAAAAUGCAAGAAGACUUUUCGAGAUCGGGAUCGAGUUAGGACAUCAAAUGGAAAUUUUGGAUAUUGGAGGAGGAUUUUGGGGUGGGAAACAUCAGGAAUCUGGGUUUAGAGAGCUCGCUCACACGAUCAAUCGAUCUCUGGAGAGGCAUUUCACUGGAUUCAAUGUGAGAGUAAUUGCUGAGCCGGGAAGAUACUUUGCCGAGUCACCCAUCACAUUAAUGUGUAACAUCUUUCACGUCCGAGAAGUGCCCGCCUAUUUAAUCGAUAAGGAAGAGAAAGACACUGAAAAAACGGCUGUUAUGUACUAUAUAAACGAUGGAAUCUAUGGGACUUUUCAAACGAAUCUCACUGAGUCAGAGAGAUCCCAUGGAAGGCCAUUAAAGAAAAACUCUGAAGCUACAGAGACUUUGUGCACUGUUUGGGGUCCGACUUGCUCGACGUUGGAUCUUGUUGAGGAUAAUGUAAAGAAACCACUGAUGGAGUCGGGUGAAUGGAUGUUGUAUGAUGAAAGAGGAGCGUACACUUCUUGUCUCCAUUCAGGCUUUAAUGGAAUGCCCCCACCGCAGUAUCGAUACACAAUCAACCAUCAGAAUUGGCAACGGAUCAAAGAAGCAUUUGAA